GCGCGCGGGGCCAUGGACGCGGCCGAGGCGGCCGCGUCGAGCCGUGGCCAGCAGCCAUGCGCGGAGGACCUCCGCCGACACACCGCUCUCCUCGCCCAGUGUGCCGCGUCCUCGCAGUGGCCGCGCGCUCUGGAGCUCCUGGGCGGGAUGGCCCGCGAGGCACUGUGGCCGGGCGUGAUCGCCUACAACGCCGCCGCCAACGCCUGCGGGCGAGGGCGCGGAUGGCAGCACGCCGUUGCGCUGCUCUCGCGCAUGCGCGAGGAGGCUCUGCGGCCAAACGCCAUCACGCACAGCACCGUCGUCGGCGCGUGCCAGCGGGCGCGAGCCCUGGAGCCGCUGCGGGGGUUGCUGCGGGAGGCGCUGAGGGGAGGCGCGAGCCUCGACCGGGUCGCCUGCAGCACCUACGCCCGCGCGUGCGCGCUGCGGAGCUGGUGGCAGACAGCGCUCGGGCUGCUGGGGGCCGCAGCCAGUGCGGGCGUGGAGCUCGACGCCGCGGCGUUCAAUUGGAGAGCGGCGAGGAUGCGCUCCAGGGGCAUUGAGCUGAGCGCCGCGGCGUGCAACGCGGCGGCUGCGGCGUGCAGGAGGGGCGAGCAGUGGUCCUGGGCGCUGCGCCUGCUCGCCGCGCAGCGGCGCUGGCGCAUGGACCCCACGCUGACCGCCCACAACGACGCCGCCGCCGCCCUCGGGCUCGCCGGCCUCCCGCACCGGCUGGGGCGGCUGCUUCCCGGGGCGCUGCGGGCCGCCGCGGCCGCGGGCCCCCGAGAGGAGGAGGACAGCUGGCCCUUCCUGCUCGGCCAGCAGGGCCCCGGCGCGGCGGGGGCCCACCGGCUGUACUGGCGCGCCUGCGCCCCCGUGGCCGCGCGCCUGGGCCUGUCGCGGGCCCCACGGGUGGGGACGCCGUGGGCGCCGUGGUCGUCGCCACCGUGGUCGUUGGCGUGGUCGUCGUCGUCGCCGCCGUGGUCAUCGCCGCAGUCUUCGGCGUGGUCGUCGUCUUCGUCGUCGUCAUCGUGA